CAUAUAUCCAGUGGUCGUCACCAAAUUCACAAUAUUCAAUACAUUUUACACAAAUAAUCCACUCUUCCACACACAGAGAGAGAGAGAGAGAGAGAGAGCGUGUUAGUUCGCUGAAGAAGAGUCCAUUUUUAGAGUGAGAGAGAGAGAGAAUCAUGUGCUGCGGAGACGGUGAUUGCAGGCCGCUAGGGUUCCUAUUAGGCCUACCCUUCGCCUUCCUUUCCCUCCUCAUCUCCAUCGUCGGCAUCGCCAUCUGGAUCGUCGGAUUGCUGUUGACUUGUAUAUGCCCUUGUUGUCUGUGCGUUACGAUCAUAGUGGAGCUUGCUUUGGAGCUCAUCAAAGCCCCAAUUCACGUCAUGGAAUGGUUCACCUCUCAGAUCCCUUGUUAGUGUUUUUUUUUUUUUCUUUUUGGUUAUGUAGGAUAUCCUGAUCAGCUUUACCCGCAUCAAAAUAAAUCCCCACAGCCCGAACAAGCAUCAGAAUCAACCUUGUUAGUGUUUACUUUUAAAUUUUUACGCUUUACAAUUAUGUCUCUUCUUUGUGUGAUGGAUUGAAAAAUAGGUGUUGUUUGAACUUUGGUGGUGUUGAUUCUUGGUUAGAUUUCUAAUGUAAUUAAAGAUUUUUGUGGUUGGAGAUUUCUCUUUCGUUUUUAUUUUUUUUAUAUAUUAAAUUUCUGAUUUUUGUA